GGCCAAUUCAAAAACAAAUAUUUAUUUGAAUCCGUUGGUCAUUACUUAAUAUUCGGGACCAUGUAUUCCUUGCAACACCCGCAAAUCGAUGAGCGUUUUUUAGACUCGGAAUCAACAGUUGAAGCAGUGGUCAAGUUGCUUGAAAGCCUACAAGUGCCAAAAGAGGAGGAAGAAGAGGGACAAGAAACAGUUGAAAAGGACCCAAAACCGACGACAAUCGUCGAAGAAGAAGAUUUUAUAAUUACUGAGCGGAAAAAUUCAAUCAUUGAAAAAACUGAACCUAAGGAUAAUGUACCCAGAGAAAAAUUAAAGCCCAGAACUUUCAAACGUCUGGACCGGAGUAGAGAUCGAUUUCCCUUUAUGCGUCAGGUGGAAAUGGAUCUCGAUCAACGCUCGAAAGCUCGAUUGGAAAGAGAACGAGUGGCUCAAAACUUUCGAAAAUUAGGAAACGCGGAGUAUCGAAAGGGUAACUAUGAGACUGCCAUGCAGAUGUACACCGAGGCCAUUGAGAAUAUUCGGGACAGUCACAUCCUCUACAUAAAUCGCGCUCUCUGCUUCAUCAAAUCGGGUAAAUUCAAACGAGGCAUUGUCGAUUGUGAUUUUGUUCUGAACAAGUUGGAUGAGAAGAACUUGAGGGCGUGGAUGUAUCGGGCAAUGGCGUAUAAAGGUCUCAAGGAUGAGCCAAAUUUUGAAAACUGUGUGAAAUAUGCCCGCAAAUUUAAUUCGAAGCAAAUGGAGUUCAUUGAUGAUUUCCUGGAAAAGUUAAAAUAA